AAAUCCUUUUGAAUCUUCUUGGUUGAUUUUGAAAUAAACUGUUACAGCUUUAUUUUUUGUGAGUUUUCGUCGUUGCUCUCUGCGAGGCAAGGCCUGCUUCGAUCGUGUUUCGGCUGAGUUGUCGUAACGUGCGAGCCAGGAAAAGAAGGAUAGAAUCCGGUGACACAAAACCAUUUAUUUAUCAUUAUAUAUGUACGCGCUGAUCCCUGUUUUGCCUGAUGGGAUUGGAAGUUUAAAGAUAGUUCGAGGACCCGUCUGGUUCUUGCUCUAUGUCUAAUGCUAGAGAUUCUCUUGAACUGUCGCAGAGACCAAUAUGUAUUUUAAUGAUAACGCCAACAGCAAUAGGCAAAAACGAAACAUCUAAUGAAGAUGAAAUCGGUACGGAAAAUGACGAUGACGACCUCUCGAACAUAAACCCAGCAAAGCUAGAAGAACAGCCAUCACUGGAAGAAAUAAUUAAUUCGUUUCAUGACUUCAAAGUGACAUUAGAAAAAUCCGGAUCGAAUGAAUUUCACGUAUUUUCAGAAAAACUGAACCGAAUAUUCACCAGCACGGGCAAGUCCCUGACCUUCAACAUGGCGAUGAACCCUCACACGCCCCUUCUCGUCCGAAUAAUGCUGGUCUGUUCGAACCAACUCUUUCAGCCUCUAUCCCGAUGCUCGUACCACAUCAGAGGGGACAACACGACGUUUCGGGACCACGUGGUCACGCACAGGGAUUCCGCGGCCAGAUACGUCGGCACGGCAAACGGAAUCUACCAGCGGGAACGGUUGGCGAUUCUUGUUCCGAUAGAGGAAAUCGGCCAGAAGAGCAUUUCCCUGGAGUUUAAGUGUUUGAGUUCGUGUUACAAAAUCCGGAAAAUAGCGACGGCACUGGUGUUUACACUGGAAGACGAAAAUUCCAAUAGCGUUUUGGGUCGGCAAAUUUUCAACGUGCACGUGUCGAAAAACUACAAACGGGACAUGGAGGUGGCAGAGAAAAACGGUCCACAUAAGCGUAAUUUGUCGAAAUUAUUUCAAGAUGAAGCUGCUGGACCGUCGACCGGAAGAGACACUUUGAUUGACUUGAGCGAAUUGAAGCUUUUGCUGCCACCAGAGAUGGCAGGUGAAUUUUUGGAAGUGAACCGGCAAUUUUUCAAGGCCAAGUUGUACAGUGCUCAGGAUGAUGCUAUAAAAAAUAGUCUAAAACUGUGUUUGGAAAAGGUUGAUAAGGUAAUGUGCAAUUUUAGUAAUAAAAGAAAAUUGAAGGAUAACACUGACGUGAUUUGAAGGGAGUACGGACUACGGAUGUGAGUAAAAAACCAAAUUCUAAAAAAAAAAAUCAAAAUCAUAAUACAACAAAACAGCACAUAGAAUCUAUUUCAGCCGAUCAAAUAAAGCAUGAUCAUUAAUGAUUACAAAUGUUUUUUUUUCCGUGAGCAAAAAAAAACGUGUAC